AUGCAGCAACCUGGCAGAGAGGAGAUUUUUGAGUGCAGUGGGCCUGAGAGUGGUAUUAAGGGUCAGGAAAGGCAGAGAAAUAAGCUGGAUCUGCAGCUAGAAUAUGGUCAUGGUCCUCAGUGCGGCUACUUUUUGGGUGCAAAUAAGGGACAUGUGGCACAUUUAGAAGAUGAUGAUGAUGCAGAUGAUGAUUCUAAACAUGCUACUAUGAAACCUAAAGUGCCACCUCCUUUACCACCAAAGCCUAAAUCCAUCUUUAUCCUCCAAGAAACUUAUUCUUCUGAAAACGAAAACCAAGGGACAAUCAAGAGAUGCCCAACAUCGGAGAGUCCGGCAAAAUCUACAUCUCACGUUCCACCCAGACCACCACCUCCUCGACUACCUCCCCAGAAAUCUAAUCCUUUAGGUAAUGGAGUCACUUCUGUACAAUUAAAUGGUGAAAGAGAGGAAUCGCCACAGAAUGAAGCUAGCGACACUAAUUUUUUAAGGAAAGAAAAGAAGGAAAUACUGAAACCAAUUAGUAAUGGCCUUCCUCCUACGCCUAAAGUACACAUGGGUGCUUGCUUUUCAAAGGUUUUCAAUGGCUGUCCAUUAAAAAUUCACUGUGCAACUUCAUGGAUAAAUCCAGAUACAAGAGAUCAGUACUUGAUAUUUGGUGCAGAAGAAGGUAUUUACACUCUGAACCUCAAUGAACUUCAUGAAACGUCAAUGGAGCAGGUAUAUUUCUGGUUUGAUAUUGUUGAAAAAAAAAUGCAUCCCUUUUUCUAAACUACUCAAAUUAACGUUGUGUAAUCCUUGUAAAAAUAGUUUUUACUACCUUUAUCUAGGCACUAGUUACACUGAGAACUAUCUUAAAUGCUUGCUAUUGAGGAUACUUUUCAGUCAUGUUUAAGUGUUUUGUAGGCUGAACCAUGUUCAAGUAGGAGAUCUUCACCUGUCAGUGUUUUGAACUUCACCAUAGUGCAUUGGUCUGCAGUUAAAUGAUUAGGUAAAUAGUAAGAAAUAUCCCUGAUAUAUUUUGGUUAGAAGUUUCUAUUUUCCUUAAAGCUUUGGUACAAUAUAGAAUUUUUGCAACAAACAUUGUGCUUCAGCUGCAGGGAAGCAAAGAGAUCCUUUAUACACUAGAUUCCAUUUUUUGGUCUUAAAAGCAGCUUUUCUGGUGAGACUCAGCUUACUGAAUUCCACCUAAAGCUCUGUCUCUGCAGAGUCUUAUAAAAAGUAAUUUUUUUGAGGGGAUACUGGGGAGGGGGAAAAUGCCAAUUGCAGGCUUUUCUGUAUGGUAUCUUCUCCAGCUCUUUUGUUACUCUCUAAGAGACUUGUUUUCUUUCCUGCCUUCUCCCUAACUUAGGGAGCUAUGCAUCUGCUAUCAAGAUGGAGGAUUUUGCAAGGACAGCCUUCAUACUGUAAGCUGGAGGCACUGGUGUUUGUUCAUCUUCCAGGGUCCAGAUGUUGUAGAUAUGUCUGUUUGUCGAGAGGGAGGCCUAGCUAGCUUGAACUGAGCUCCACGUAACCCAUAUUCAUACUGGUGCUUGAGUUACCUAAUUUAAACUUAGCUCAGGAACGUCUCUGCUGCUGCACUGCAGUUGUAAAGCCCACCCUGAGAAAUAUCGCUAAUGCAAUAAU